GUUGCCAAUGUGCGCCAGUUUGGCGACGACAAGCUGAGUUAACGGUAUCAAAGAGAGAAGUAUAAAGAGAGCGAUUGGCCUCUACAGAUGAUAUACGCUCUCUUUGUGGUUCGCAAGCCAUAGAACAUCUCUUGAUCCAUCUCCAAAAGUUGUCGAAUCAACGUCAGCCAUUUUGCCAUGAAGACCUUCACGCUUGUCUCAGCCUUCCUGGCUACAGCACUCGCUGCACCAGCUACAUUUGCACCAAGCGAUAUCACACCACGCACUCUGAGCGUCCUGAAGAACUUCGCCAAAUGUCCGGCAAAUCCUGCCCAACCUGACGGCAGGUUACCCAAAGGAAACAGCAUCUCAACCUCAGUACUCGUCCCCAUAUCUGCCAAGAACCCCGACAAAGCAUACCCAGCCACGGAAUGGGCGACCGUAACUCCCAAAGAUAAAUGCACAAUCUUCAAUCUCGAGCUCGACUCUGACGCCACCCAAGGCAAGAUCUGCAAUCUUGUCUUCGACUUUCCUUCUCUUAUUCAAGCACCUGGUCUUUUCGUCUUUCAAGGCCCUGGUCAUUUCACUUUUACCGGUUACGAUAUCAAUGCUGGUGCAGAGGCUGGCGUUACUACGUACAACCACCAACCACGUCCAGGACCUAGCCCACCAAACCCACCGCCGGUCAUCAAGCCGGGCAACAGCUAUAUUGUCAAUGGUGCUCCGUGUGGAAUUCCUCCUGGCAUCGGAAAGGUGACCGUCAGUGGGGCAUUGUGCUCCGAUGAUACAACGUUGACGUUCAAGCAAAGCGAUUUGCUGUGUCCCUUGGGUUUUUACGUUGUGCUUACUGAUGAUCCUAACGCGGGAGGUUAUGCGCCUCACUAAGAACUCGGUAUUGAUUGAUGGGUAUGAUGGUCAUAGGAUUGUUAGUUCAGUAUAUAAAUUUAUUUCUAUUCUUACAAGACUCAGCUGUGUCAUUUGGUGCAUACUUCUUGUGAUGUUCGGUACAGGAUCUCGAGUGAAAGAGCGGGGUUGUCCGAUCUUCAAGAUUGUCCAGGAAGAUAUGUGUAUCCCUGUGUCAAGUGCUUCCUGUAUCGUUGACUUUAUUGCAAAGCUGUACGACCGUUGGUCG